AAAAAAUUGAAGACAAAACGCGCAACGAAAAUGGACCAUCAGCGGUCCAUAAAUCAAAACGCGCUAUGCGCGUUUUGUUAUAUUACCGUUGCAAUCAUUGAAAGACCGAAAUACCCACACGUUUGACGCCCCUCAUCUCUCAUCUCUGCUCUCCCUUCGCAUUUGACGCCUCCAUCUCUUCUCUCUGCCUUGCUCUGCCUUCGUAAGUCUCUCUACUCUCUGUCUUUUUUCUUUGUCUUCCUUUUCUUCUUCCGCUUCGUCUUCCUCUUCUUCUUCUUUCUUUCUUUCUUUCUGGUUCUUCCUCUCCGUAAGUCUUUCUGUAGUUUUGGAUUGUGGUUUGUUUUAUGGGUAAUGAUUUUUCUGUGUGUUCUUUGGGUUGAUUUGUCAUGGGUAUGGGUUGUUUUGAUUUGGACCGAACCGGGGUUGAUUCUCAUGGGUCUGAUUUGGGUUUUUUUGGUUUUGAUUUCUCUGUUCUUUGGUUGAUUUCUCAUGGAUCUGGGUUUGAUUUCUCUGUUCUUUGGUUGAUUUCUCACUUUUGGUGUGUGGGUUUUGAUUUCUCAGGUACCAAAAACACUGAUCUGCUACCAAAAACCAGAAAUAAUGCAGAGGAGGCAUUACAGAAAUUGAAUGGCACAGUAAUUGGCAAGCAAACUGUGCGUCUUUCUUGGGGUCGCAAUCCAGCAAAUAAACAGUUUAGAGCAGAUUAUGGCAACCAAUGGAGUGGGGCAUACUAUGGAGGGUAGCUUUAUGAUGGUUAUGGAUAUGCUUUGCCACCACCUCAUGACCCAAGCAUGUAUGCUGCACCAUUUGCUGCAUAUGGAGCUUACCCCAUUUAUGGAAACCAACAACAAGUGAGCUGAAGGAACUGCACGAGUAGUUCUAGAAAUUAGACAAUAUCACGCUUAACUGGGCGAAAUUUCUUCAUUUCUCUGUAAGUUGAGUGGUUCUGUAGAAUUCUUAAGAAAAUCCCUCCAAAUGUGGAGUGGAACUGAAUUUUGACAGACUGAACUAAUUUUGUAGGGAUUUGACUAAUGAUUUAUUUACAAAUCACUGGACUGAAA